AUGUUGACCGACAUGAGUCCGUCGGCAGCCGGACAAUUCUACGGGGCGCAGAUACCGGCCAUGGGCAUGAACAUCGCCAACAUCACCCACAUGCAGAAACCUACGGAGCACCCCGGCUUAAGAGGAACACCACUGGCAAUGCUGGCAGCACAGUGCAAUAAACUGUCCAGUAAGUCACCGCCACCGUUGGCAGACGCCGCUGUCGGCAAAGGCUUUCAUCCGUGGAAAAAGAGCCCAAUUUCGUCAGGACCACAUUCACCCAAUAGCCUUGGAAGCUCCCAAACGGCGACCAGCAGUGCUGCGAGCAAUGUGAUACAAUCAACCCAGCGGACCCAUUCCUCGUCGUCGGCUUCGUCGACGAGCCCGAUGUCAAACGUUACGACCAGUCGCCCAAUAACUUCGUCGUGCGCGGCUACCACAACGCCGUCCUACGGCAGUGACUUGUAUUUCCCGGGAGCCACCACAUCGCCAGCUUGUGCCGAAAAUCCGCACAUGCAGCACGGUAUUUUAGGGAAGGUCGAGGGAACGACUCUCGGGUCGGUCUACUCGCGGCAUCCGUACGAUUGGCCGUUCAAUGCUGUCUCGGCAGCGACGGCACACAAAACCGAUAAUAUGAACUCCGGCUGGUGGGAUAUGCACGGUGCGGCUGGCAGCUGGCUGGACAUGGGAAGUGCCGGUAUGCACGCCACCAUGGCAAACUAUGCAGCUAGUGCUGCUGUCAGUUCUGAUUAUUCAACACUGACGCAUUCACUAACGAAUACGGCUCACCUUCUUGGUACCGGGCAGCAUCUGCUGCAGGAUACAUACAAAAGUAUGUUACCGUCCCAGGGCGUCGGAAGCUUCGGUUUACCGCAUGCACCGGCUUCACCGGCACCGCCAACACCGCAAGCUCCGUCUCCUCGCAGUCAGCGCCGCUAUUCGGGCCGUGCCACCUGCGACUGUCCGAACUGCCAGGAAGCGGAACGGCUCGGGCCGGCCGGAGUUCAUCUACGUAAAAAAAAUAUUCACAGUUGUCACAUUCCUGGCUGUGGCAAGGUUUACGGGAAAACAAGUCACCUGAAGGCUCACCUUCGAUGGCACACAGGCGAGCGGCCGUUCGUCUGCAACUGGCUAUUCUGCGGUAAGCGUUUUACCAGAUCCGAUGAACUCCAGCGCCAUCUUCGUACACAUACAGCAAAACACGUCAAAACGCACGGAACGACCUCCGGUGGUGGCAACGGCAGCGGUGGCACUGGAACGACCAAGAAAAAUUCAUCCGAUUCAUGCAGUGACUCCGAAGAACAGCAUAGCCAAACCGAUCUCCACCAACAGCAGCAGCAGCAGCAACAACAACAACAGCAACAGCAAGUAUCUAGCGGUGGAGGCGGAGCUCCCGGUGGAGGUGGCGGUAUAGGCGGUAGUCCCGGUGCGGCCAGCCACGUUAGCCAUGUCGGUGCUAUGCCACCAGGGCUCUCCGGAUCGCUUGCGGCGAUGGGUGGACACCCCGGUUCGCUAAGUCAUCCGUCGCAGCAACCCGGUGGACCUCACCACCAUGCCCACACGCCCAGCCCUGGGUUGGAACACGUUAGCCAGUUAGAUGUCAAACCUGGUAUCGUUUGA